GCUGAACAGGGAAGCCGCUGCGCUGCAUUCUGGGAAGGCUGCCGCUCAGUCCGCCGCGCAGCCUCCUGGGAACUGUAGUCGCAAUCCUAGGCAACUGCUGUGAGUCCCGGGAGAGCGGAAGGCUGGUUGCCUGGGGGAACCUUCAGAGGGCGAGUGGGCUUCUAUUGACAGUUGCGUGGCCCCUCCGUGCAGCCGGGCUUCUGAUUCUGCCUUGCGUGUUUAUGACGAGCCCUCAGUCCCUGCGAACCGGGACCUGAGAACCCUCAGAUAAUAAAGAAGAAAUUACUUUGUUUACAUCAUGGAUAACACAACGAAAAAGAAUAACAAUUACAAAGAUGGCCUUCUGCUUAGGAUGGGACUAAAUGAUAAUAAAGCAGGAAUGGAAGGAUUGGAUAAAGAGAAAAUUAACAAAAUUAUAAUGGAAGCCACAAAGGGGUCCAAAUUUUAUGGAAAUGAGCUCAAGAAGGAAAAGCAAGUCAAUCAACGGAUUGAAAAUAUGAUGCAACAGAAAGCUCAAAUUACCAGCCAGCAACUAAGGAAAGCACAGUUACAGGUUGACAGGUUUGUAAUGGAAUUAGAGCGGAACCGGAAUUUGAACAAUACCAUAGUUCACGUGGACAUGGAUGCUUUCUAUGCUGCUGUAGAAAUGAGGGACAACCCAGAAUUGAGGGAUAAACCCAUUGCUGUAGGAUCGAUGAGUAUGCUGUCUACUUCAAAUUACCAUGCAAGGAGAUUUGGUGUUCGUGCAGCCAUGCCAGGAUUUAUUGCUAAGAGACUCUGCCCACAACUUAUUAUAGUGCCCCCAAACUUUGACAAAUAUAGAGCCGUGAGUAAGGAGGUUAAGGAGAUACUUGCUGAAUAUGAUCCCAAUUUUAUGGCCAUGAGUCUGGAUGAAGCCUACUUGAAUAUAACACAGCACUUACAGGAAAGGCAAGACUGGCCUGAGGACAAAAGAAGAUAUUUCAUCAAAACAGGAGACUACAUAAAAAUUGAUAAUCCUGGAGAGGAAGCUAGCACCCCGAGUGAGCGUGAGCAGUCUGUCUCCCCACUGCUUUUUGAAGACAGCCCUCCUGAUUUGCAGCCCCAAGGAAAUCCUUUCCAGGUGAACUCUGAAGAACAAAACAACCCUCAAAUACUCGAGAAUUCAGUUGUUUUUGGAACAUCAGCUGAGGAAGCGGUAAAGGAAAUUCGCUUCAGAAUUGAACAAAAAACAACACUGACAGCCAGUGCAGGCAUCGCCCCCAAUACAAUGUUAGCAAAAGUGUGCAGUGACAAGAACAAGCCCAACGGACAGUGCCGGGUUCUCCCCAGCAGGCAGGCAGUGAUGGGCUUCAUCAAGGACCUGCCGAUUAGAAAGGUCUCUGGAGUGGGGAAAGUCACGGAGAAAAUGUUGAUGGCUCUUGGAAUUGUUACCUGCACAGAGCUCUACCAGCAGAGAGCACUGCUUUCUCUCCUCUUCUCGGAGACGUCUUGGCAUUAUUUUCUUCACAUCGCCCUCGGGCUAGGUUCAACAGACCUGGAAAGGGAUGGAGAAAGGAAAAGUAUGAGCGUUGAAAGGACAUUUAGUGAGAUAAGUAAAACGGAAGAACAGUACAGCUUAUGCCAAGAACUAUGCACUGAGCUCGCUCACGAUCUCCAGAAGGAAGGACUUAAGGGAAGAACUGUCACCAUUAAGCUGAAGAACGUGAAUUUUGAAGUGAAAACUCGCGCGUCUACAGUUCUGUCCACUGUUUCUACUGCAGAAGAAAUAUUCGCCAUCGCUAAAGAGCUGCUAAGGACAGAAGUUAUUGCGUGUUCUCCACACCCCUUGCGGUUAAGGCUGAUGGGUGUUCGGAUAUCUACUUUUUCUAAUGAAGAUGACAAGAAACAGAAGCAGAGGAGCAUCAUUGGAUUCUUACAAGCUGGAAACCAGGCUUUGUCAUCUACCGGGUGUAUUCUAGACAAAACUGACAAAACCGAGUUUGUAAAACCUUUAGAAGUGUCUCAUAAGAAGAGUUUCUUUGAUAAAAAGCGAUCAGAAAGGAUCUUGAGCCAUCAAGACACACCCAGAUGUGAAACUGUGGCUCAGCAGGCUCUACAGACCUCACAGCCAUUCCAGGCACUGAAGAAGAUGAGAGAGAGUUUUGAAAUAUCAGAGAAUUCAAAUAACUGUCAGACAUUUCUGUGUCCAGUUUGCUUUAGGGAGCAGGAAGGUAUCAGUCUGGAAGCCGUUAACAAGCAUGUAGAUGUGUGUCUUGAUGGAUCAUCCACCAGGAAGAACUUGAAAAUGCCCUGGUACUCAAAUGUUUCCUCUGCAGACCUUAGUCAGAAGGAAAAGGCUCACCAUUCUAGUCCACUGUGUGAGAAACAGGAAUAUAAAAAUGGAGAGGUCUCUUCAGUAGACGGUGUAGAUCUGCUAGAGACUGAAGACAGCUCAGUGGAAGCAGCAAGUGUGGACACUUUAGGGAAGGCUUGCAGCAGAGAGGAAUAUUCUGAUAUUCCAAACAGGUCCUGUCCCGUUUCACUGACAGAGGGAACUGUCAGUGAAUCAAGUAGGCAAGCAUCCGCCCAGCCCUGUACAGAUGAGACAGGAACAGGACAGGCUCUAGUUUGCCCUGUUUGUAACCAAGAACAAAAGACUUCUGACCUUACCCUCUUCAAUGUACAUGUGGACAUUUGCUUAAAUAAAGGCAUUAUCCAGGAACUGAGAAAUGGUGAAGUCAAUUCGGUUAACCAACCCAAAGAAAGCUUCCCAAGUACUGAUAGACUCCAGAAGGCUACAGGAAGGACAAAAAGACCCGGACUGAAGACUAAGUGCUCAACCUCGAAGAAAACAAAGCCGCGCAGUUCCAGACACACCCUUGACAUGUUUUUUAAAUGAACUUUGGACAUUUUAGCAACAUUUUUAUUGAAAUUGUUGAUUUUGUAAUCAGUGUAUUUAUCCUUCCUCAUUUUAAAUUCAUUCAUUAAGGAAGACAAGUGCAAUACUCCCUCCCCACAUGACCUUUUUUAAGAAUGUAGACUAUAUAUUAACUUAUUCCUUUAUAUUUUCUUUAAUAGCCGUAAGAAUUUAGUUUCCAAUGUAUAUCAGUUGGAAAUCAGUCAUGUUAGAAACAACUUUAAACAAAAGUAAGAAGGUCAGAAGGUGAUGUGCUAUUUUGUAAUGAGUAUAAAAUAUUCAUGAGGACUCUGAGUUGUGUGCGCCAACUUCAGCAUGAGCAUCUCAGUGCUUGGCCAGUGUGCUGCCAUCGGAUACUGCUGUACUUGCUCAUGUUCUAAGCGAUCCGUGAGCAUUGUCGUUAGAUUAACUGUGACGUCUGUGUAGAGUGUUAGAGACAGAAACAACGUGGGACUAGCGUGAACUUCAGGAAAGCAGUGCACAGCACUGCCUGUGUUUGAAGGGCUUGCUCACACUUCUUUGCUUUUUCUUAUGAAUAAGCACUUGGUCCACAUAAAGAAAUGUUUAGUAUGUGAUUCAAAAUAGUCUUUCUUAAUUCAGUAUUUUAAACAGCAGUAUUUCAUUUCUGGUCAAUUAUAUUUGACUUUCUACAAAUCUGUAGUAAAUGAGAUAAGUCACUUGAUUUUCAUUCUGUUUUUUAAGAGAAAAUGUGCAGCUCAGGAGAUGAAUGUCUAAGGAAGCCUUACCUCAGUUCCAUAUCUGCCACCUCUCUGUUAAGAUGUAUGCAGGAAAGAUUUGGAGCAGUUAGUUGCUCCAAACACAGAGACCCACAAGGUCUUAUCAAAAAGCCCUUCCUGCUACUGCUUUAACAACCAAAUCCUGCUCAGUGGUGGCGGCGUUAGUGCCAGCACUGGGAGGCAGAAGCAGGCAGAUCUCUGUUUCAGGCCAGUGUGGUCUACAAAGUGAGUUCUAAGAAGGCCUGAGCUACACAGAGAAACCCUCUCUAAAGAAACCAAAAGAAAAAAGAAAAAAAAACCUGCAUAUUUUUUAUAGUUUUGUCUUUGCAUAUUGUAAUGCAUUUUGCAGUAGACAGAGAAAUAUUUGAGGUACAACCUCCUCGGGCUCGUUUGCCACAGACUUACUGGAUUAUGAGGCUGCUUAAAGAUGGGCUGAAAGUUUGCUGACAUACCACUCCCUUACCUGAUAUCAUAGACCAUGACAGUUCCGAAGCUGGGUGUUUGGUUGUUGAUUGUGAUUUACCUAUAUGAAUUAUUUAUAAAAUUGAAUUCAAUGAAACUGAUUUAAUGUAUUGAAAAGUAGAUAUUACUGUAUUUUUUAUUUCUCCCAUCUGAAAUUUAUUUUUGUUGUUUUGACAGUAAGAAAUUAUUUUCACUUAGAUGCCCCAUUUAUUUGAAUACCAUCAUAUAUAAUAUUUAAAACGUAAAAUAAAAUUUUAAAAAUUUUUGAGAA